CCACCCUCCCUCUCCUUCCUUUCCAGACUGUAGUUACUCACCUUCACCAACCAACACUCUCCACCUGACCCGAAACCGCCAUUUUUAACGGAAAAAUUUUCCUCCUUUCCUUUUAACCCUAAAACCCCAACUUAAUAACCUCACACCCCCCACCCACAUUUUCUCUCACACACCCUCUUCUCUUCUCUUCUCUCUCUUCUUGUCCAAAUUUCCCCUCAAAUCCCAAUCUAGGGUUCCGAAAUACUCUCCCUCUGGUCUCCACACAGACCCAAAGUCGUCUUCUUUCAACUUUUAUCAAUGAAAUGAAUGAUUUUUAGAGUUGUUUCAGGCUCCGAUGAACAGUUUCACUCUCACUCUUGUCUACUUGUUCUUUGUUUUGGCGGGUUCCGCCUACUCGGCCACCGAGUCGGAGCUCCGAUCCCUCUACGAGUUCAAGAAAGGGAUCCAAACUGACCCGCUCCGGAAAGUCCUCGACACAUGGACCGACAUCUCACUCAACCAAGCUCAGCCUUGCCCUCCCUGGACCGGCGUCUACUGCGACGACGGCGGCAAUGUCGUCGCCGUGGCACUCGACGGCCUCGGCCUCGGCGGCGAGCUUAAGUUGAAUACCCUCACUGGCCUCACUGCAUUGCAAAACCUCAGUCUCGCCAACAAUGACUUCACGGGUCGGGUCCCGCCCGCUCUGGGCGCAAUGUCCUCUCUCCAGCACUUGGAUCUGUCCGCGAACCGGUUCUACGGCCCGAUCCCGUCCCGGAUUAACGACUUGUGGGGCUUGAAUUAUCUCAACUUGUCCCGGAAUCUCUUCAAAGGUGGGUUCCCGGGUCCGGCGUCGAAUCUCAAUCAGCUCAAAGUGUUCGAUGUGCAUUACAAUCAGCUGUGGGGGGACAUUUCGGAUUUGUUGCAGGAGUUUCAUAAUGUGGAGUAUGUUGAUUUGAGCUGCAAUGAGUUUUUCGGAGGGGUUGAGCUGGGUUCUGAGAACGUUUCGAGCUUAUCCAACACUGUGCGUCACUUGAACUUCAGCCACAAUAAUCUGACCGGCCGGUUCUUUAAGGCUGAUUCAAUCGGGUUGUUUAGGAACUUGCGAGUUUUGGACUUGGGUGGGAAUCAGAUCACUGGGGAGCUUCCUUCAUUUGGGUCGUUGCCGAAUUUGCGAGUUUUGAGGCUGGCGAAUAAUCAGUUCUUUGGGGAAAUACCGGAGGAGUUGCUACAGAGUUCUAUUCCAAUGGAGGAGUUGGAUCUCAGUGGAAAUGCUUUUACAGGUUCCAUCACUGGAAUUAACUCUACAACUUUGAAAGUCUUGAAUCUGUCAUCAAAUGGUAUGUCGGGCACAUUGCAGAAUGUGGAUAUGAGGAGUUGUGUUGUGGUAGAUUUGAGCAGAAAUAAGAUUUCAGGUGAUGUAUCAAUGUUGGAGAAUAUGGGUACUGCUUUAGAGGUUCUCGAUUUGAGUUCAAACAAUUUUUCUGGAAGCUUAGCAAACUUGACUAUGCAGUUCGAGAGAUUAACUACACUUAGUCUGAGAGAUAAUUUAUUAGCAGGGUCUUUGCCUUCGAUACUGAAGGCCUGCCCCAGACUCUCUACAGUGGACUUGAGUCAAAAUGAUUUCAGUGGGUCCAUUCCUGGUAGUUUCUUCUCUUCACUGACAUUGACAAGGUUGAAUCUUUCACGAAAUCACUUAAAUGGGCCAAUUCCUCUCCAAGGCGGACAUGUAAGCGAAUUCUUAGCUCUUCCUCCAGAUUUGCCAAUUGAGAAUGUCGAUCUCUCCAAUAAUUCUUUAUCGGGUUCCCUUCCUCGGGACAUUGGUAACAUGGUGGAACUCAAAUUGCUAAACCUUGCAAAGAAUGAGUUUUCAGGAGAACUACCUAGUGAAUUGAGUAAACUUGCUAAGUUGAAGUACCUUGAUUUAUCAGGUAACAAAUUCAAGGGCGCAAUUCCUGAGCAGCUUCCAUCCAGCUUAAUUGUAUUUAAUGUCUCCUAUAACGAUCUAUCUGGUUCUGUUCCGGACAAUUUAAAAAGCUUCCCCAUGACUUCAUUUCGUCCUGGAAAUGAGUUGCUAAACUUACCAAAUGAUGAUCGGGCUAGAUCUUCAGUUCCAGGUCGUAUUCCAGAACAAGGAAAGAGUCAUACUUCGAAGGCUCAUAUUAGGAUAGCAAUCAUUGUUGCUUCAGUUGGAGUUACUUUGAUGAUAGUUUUUGUUUUGUUGGUUUAUCAUCAGACACACCAUAAAGGAUUUCAUGGAAGAAAUGGAUUUGGCGGCGAAAAUACAGGGACAGAUGUUAAGAUUGGCAGAUUCACACGUCCUUCAUUUUUGAAUUUCCAAACGAAUGUUCAGCCUCCACCAACUUCAUUGAGUUUUUCAAAUGAUCACUUGCUAAAUUCACAAUCCAGGUCAUUGUCAGGGCAGGCAGAGUUUGUUCCAGAAAUUGGGAAGCCUGUUUUACCUGGGGAAGCAGCAACGAGUUCUACACCUAUGAAUCUUCUUGAUAACCAGCCUACAACUUCUGGAAGGAAGUCCUCCCCUGGUUCUCCACUAUCUUCCUCACCUCGUUUUAUAGAGGCAUAUGAGCAACCUGUAAUACUGGAUGUGUACUCACCAGAUCGGUUGGCUGGAGAGCUGUUCUUCCUAGAUGCUUCAUUGCAAUUUACAGCUGAGGAAUUAUCUCGAGCUCCUGCAGAAGUUCUGGGCAGAAGCAGCCAUGGAACUCUGUACAAAGCUACUCUAGAUAGUGGGCACAUGUUGACUGUGAAAUGGUUACGGGUGGGACUGGUCAAGCAUAAGAAAGAUUUUGCCAAGGAAGUCAAAAGGAUUGGCUCUAUAAGGCAUCCAAACAUUGUUCCAUUACAGGCAUACUAUUGGGGGCCUAGGGAACAAGAGAGGCUUCUUUUAGCGGACUAUGUUCAGGGAGAUAGCUUGUCCCUACAUCUUUAUGAGAGCACGCCUCGGAGGUACUCCCCGUUAUCAUUCAACCAGAGGCUAAAAGUAGCUGUGGAGGUUGCUCGAUGUUUGCUAUACCUACAUGAUAGAGGCCUGCCCCAUGGGAACUUAAAGCCAACUAAUGUAAUCCUGGCAGGUCCUGAGUACCAUCCUCGGCUUACUGAUUACAGUCUUCACCGUCUAAUGACACCAGCUGGCAUUGCGGAGCAGUUUUUAAAUAUGGGAGCUCUUGGAUACCGUGCUCCAGAACUUGCUACUGCAGCAAAACCAGUCCCUUCUUUCAAAGCUGACGUUUAUGCCUUUGGAGUGAUUUUGAUGGAAAUGUUAACCAGAAGAAGUGCUGGUGACAUUAUAUCGGGUCAGUCAGGGGCGGUUGACCUUACAGACUGGGUUCGGCUUUGUGAUCAAGAAGGACGAGGAAUGGAUUGCAUCGACAGAGACAUUGCUGGUGGAGAAGAACCCUCAAAAGCAAUGGAUGAAUUGCUUGCAAUAUCACUGAGGUGUAUUCUCCCUGUAAAUGAGAGGCCUAACAUCAGACAAGUAUUUGACAACCUCUGUUCUAUAUCUCUUUGAAAUUUUUGUAAAUGCGUCUUGGAAUUAGUUUUUAUUUGUUCCUUGACCCAAUUUUUUUUUGUUCAUUAUUAUUAUUUUUUCCUUCUUCAAUUGGUUUCUAGCCUUCUGAUUUGGGGCUAAUUGUCACAUUUUUUUUUUUUUGGAAUUUUUUCUUGUAAAGGGAUAACCCAUCCAUUGACUAGUUGACUGUGUUUUUGAGUUUGAUAUUAAAUUGACAACGAUUGCCCUUCUUUGUGUUCU